UUCAAUGGCUUCAAAUGCCUUUACAUUGCGAUUUUGUGCCAGUUACCUUUCUGACUUCCACGAAAAAAAUCAAAGAAUUCAUAUUGUCCGUCCUAUUGGAAAAUGAUUUCUGCGUGUUCCCUUAUUAGAAGUAUUCUUGUGACCAGUGUAAUAAAUUCAAUACUUGCAUCACAUCUUUUUCGAAACAAUACGGAAAGUGCAGAAUUGGUAUCGAAUUACGAAUCAAGUCUCUCACUUCCGGAUAUUCUGCCCGUGAGAUUAAAGCAAUACGACAAGAAUCGUGCACCUAAACUUCUAGGACAACCCACUGUUGUCUAUUUUCACGUCACUGUUCUUUCGCUGGAUUCGAUUAAUGAGGAAUCGAUGACAUACGUCACUGAUAUUUUCCUGGCUCAGAGCUGGCGAGAUCCUAGACUGAGAUUACCGGAGAAUAUGAGUGAAGAGUAUAGGAUUUUGGAUGUUGACUGGCUGCAGAGCAUUUGGCGUCCGGAUUGUUUCUUCAAGAACGCCAAGAAAGUCACUUUCCAUGAAAUGAGCAUUCCUAAUCACUACCUCUGGCUUUAUCAUGACAAAACGCUCCUCUAUAUGUCUAAACUCACACUAGUCCUCUCCUGUGCCAUGAAAUUCGAAUCUUAUCCCCAUGAUACCCAAAUAUGCUCCAUGAUGAUCGAGAGUUUGUCUCACACAGUUCAAGAUUUAGUGUUCAUCUGGAACAUGACUGAUCCACUUGUAGUCAACUCAGAGAUUGAACUACCUCAGCUGGACAUUGCCAAAAACUACACAACAGACUGCACCAUUGAGUAUUCCACGGGGAACUUUACGUGCCUGGCUGUUGUCUUUAAUUUACGUCGUAGACUUGGAUAUCAUCUCUUUCACACCUACAUCCCAUCCGCUCUAAUUGUAGUCAUGUCCUGGAUUUCCUUCUGGAUCAAACCCGAAGCAAUCCCUGCCCGUGUGACCUUAGGAGUCACAAGUCUCUUGACCCUAGCCACACAAAAUACCCAAUCCCAGCAAUCUCUCCCCCCUGUAUCCUAUGUCAAAGCCAUUGACGUAUGGAUGUCUUCCUGUUCAGUCUUUGUCUUCCUAUCUCUCAUGCAAUUUGCUGUAGUAAACAAUUACAUGGGCCCUAUUGCCACAAAAGCCAUGAAAGGCUACUCCGAUGAGGACUUAACAGACGUUGACGAAUACAAGAAUGGAAAACCUAGACCCAGUGUAAGCCUUCCUCAAUAUGAAACCUUCUGCUACGGCCGAGAAACUGCCAUCUACAUUGACAAAUUUUCAAGAUUCUUCUUCCCCUUUUGCUUCUGCAUCUUGAACAUUGUCUACUGGUCUACGUUUAUGUAGGAUUACUUCUUUAAAAUUCUAAAUAUUUUAAAUUUAGAAGUAAAAUAUUUCAAUAAAAUACUAGAAAGCCAAA